UGGACAUGACGUCAUAUGCAGGCCAGUUGAAAUUAUACUUGAACGAUACGACACUGUGAAAGUCACGUCAAUAAGAUGUGUAUAUACACUGAGUUAGUGUAUGAUUCAUAUUGGAUGUAGAAAGCCUCGUUUAUUGAACUCGAGGUUUAUACACGGAAGGAAAUUGUGAGAAUGGGUGUACGAUCUGCCUCCACCAUGGUGCUGAGGACGUGCCUGCUGCUGUGCGGCCUGUUGGGGAGCGUUACCCCCCAUGGGUAUCUCUUGGUACCCCUUCAACGUUCAAGUAUGUGGCGAGAAGGGUACAACGUCCCUGCGAAUUACAACGACAAUGGUUUGCGGUGUGGCGGUCCCGAGGUACAGCACAAAAGAAACAACGGCAGGUGCGGCAUAUGCGGCGACCCUUGGGACGCCACCAUCAAGGACAACGAGGCAGGCGGAAAGUACGCCACUGGCAUCAUAAGUAAAACCUACCAAGAAGGGGAUCGGAUGGCUGUGGAGGUGAAAAUCACCUCCAACCACAUGGGCUACUUUGAGUUUCGACUGUGCCCACACAACGAUGUCCACACCCCCGCGACCCAGGCCUGCCUGGAUGGACACCUACUGCAAGUGGAGUAUAACGGGCUGGUGUCGACCAAGUACAAGCUGGGGACAGGGACAGGGAUCUUCAAGAUGAACGUUCGACUACCCCCGGGCGUCACAUGCACUCAGUGUGUCUUUCAGUGGAAUUACCGGGCUGGCAACAACUGGGGAUGUGACGGUUCAGACUGCGGUUUAGGCAAGGGUCCCCAAGAACACUUCGUCAACUGUGCCGACAUUGCGAUAACGGGGAGCGGACAGCCUCAGACACAGACACAGCAACCUUCGACUGCAGCACCAGCAACGCCAGCACCAGCAACAGCAGCACCAGCAACGGCUGCACCAGCAACGGCUGCACCAACAUCGCCAGCACCAGCAACGGCUGCCCCAGCAACGCCAGCUCCCAGCAACACCAACAACGACAGUUGCCGAGCAACAGAAGCGUGGGCAGCAGUUCCCGGAAUGACAAACUGGUGUCAGACAAUGUGCAACUUCGGGUCCUGCCCGUCUUCUUAUUGCCACUGUGGACCGUCAACGGCAGCUCCCAGCAACAUCAACUACGACCGUUGCCGAGCAACAGGAGCGUGGGCAUUAGUUCCCGGAAUGACGAGUUGGUGUAAGACGAAUUGCGCUCACGUCCCCUCAUUUUGUCCAGAGAGUCACUGUGACUGCAGUUAGAGAUAUUCUCUCAAUGACGCAAGGCAUGGUGUAUUCAAUGCUUAAUGUACUCUCCACCAUAGUUGCACACAGUACACUGAGACCGUAGAAUCUACUUGUCCCAUUACCAUUAAACAAAAGUAGAAUCCA